CCAUCACCCAUUACCCAUUGCCCAUUACCCACCAUCGCCGACACCGCCGAGAGGACCGCAAUUGAGCUCAGCGCAAAAUGGCAGACAACGAGAACAUGGAUGUUGGCGCCGACGAGACCAUGGGCGAGCCAGAGGGAGUGGAGACGGUGGUAGACGACACUGCGCCGGCUGGUCUUGAAGACAUCGAGCCGACCGUGCCUACCCGCACCAGUUUCCUUGACUACCUUCGAUCUCCUAUCGUCGAGCUCGUCGUUGGCAAUGCCGGCGAGACCACCACGUUAUACGCUCACGAGCUGAUGCUCACCCAAUCACCCUUCUUCCAGGAAGCGUGCGCACGGUUCUCAAGCGGCGCUGCACGCAGGCGCAUUGAGCUGCAGAAUGAUGACGAGGGUGCGACUGCCUCCGUGCUCGAAUACCUCUACAAAUCAGACUACUUCCCAGCCUUGUCGGGCAACACAAAUCUCGAAUUCGAUGCAACAGUUCCUUCGCCAGACAAUGACGGUGUUGGUCUUCUGCGUCACGCUCGUGUCUAUACUCUCGCGCAGAAGUUUGGCCUACCUCAGCUGGCAGCGCUUGCACACAAGAAGAUUCAUCUCACGCAAUCCACUGCCAAAGGCGAGAUUGCAUAUGCGCGCUUUGUGUACAAGGAGACCAGUCCAGACGAUGAGAGCAUCAGAAAGCCAGUCGCGGCAUUCUGGGCAACCAGAUCCCAUGUUCUACGUCACGAAGCAGAGCACGAGUUCAAGAGAAUGUGUCUCGAGUUCCCACAAUUCGGUUACGAUGUGCUUAGCUUGGUGCUUGAUGCACAAGAGAAGCGAUCUCAGCGACAGGAUGCCAGCAGCGCUGGUGCGCCAGGAAGGAAGAGGCAGAGGACAAUUCUCUGAUCGAUGCGAUCUGGAAGCAUUUAUGCAUCACAUCUGUAGUAGCGAGAGUUUGGCACUCAAGGGCUUGCUGUAUUGAAAUCUGGAGCUUAUGUAUAAUACAAAUAUUUGUUCUUCCUCG